CUGGCGCUGGGCGGGGGGAGGGAGAGCGUGCAGGGCUGAUUAAAAGGGACAUUGAUCACAUCAAGGGGACUCGGGAGAAAGAGGAGGAGGAAGAGAAGGCGGAGUAGGAGGAAGGAGAACAAGAGACGAGCCUGGGGGGCGGGAAGCAUGAUGUGAGAAGUAGGAGGCCAGGCGACGAUAAGUUGCACACGGGAGAGAAGGCAGGCAGAGCAUUAACACAAGGGUUCCUUGCUGCCGGGUAUCUCUCUCUUAUCUCUCUCUCUCCUUAAUGCAUUUCCUCUGGCUGUGCGGAAAGGCGCCCAAGCACAUUUAAUUGGAUUGCAUCCUCUCCAGGAGGAGGGAAAAAGAAAACCCACCAACCCAUCGCCUAGUUUGGAGCGGCGAUUUGGGAGGUUCAUUCAGGGAUUCAUUCGGUGACGGAGAGAAGGGAGAGAGAGAGAGAGAGAGAGAGAGAUCCUCACAGCCUGAGAGGACUCUGCUUGCAGCGCUCCGAUGCAAAGAGGCUCCCUCGUGUCCCUCUCCUCGCUGCUGCUGUCGGGGGUCAAUCGAGGGGAAGGGAAGCGCGGGCGGAGUUAGGCGGACGGAUCCCCCCCUAGUUCUUUCUAGCUGCAGCGCCGGCGGGUGGGUUCGUGCGCGGCGCCCUCCUGCCCUACUCGGCGGCCCUCGCUGCAGGGGCGCUUUCGGAAGCCCCCACCCUACGAGCCUCCCGCAGCUUUCCCUCAUGCUAGAUACGCUCCGACCCCCCGCUCUUCCCUUCGUCUCGGACAUGGCGAUCAGCAAGACAGUGGCGUGGCUCAACGAGCAGCUGGAGCUGGGCAACGAGCGCCUGCUGCUGAUGGACUGCCGCCCGCAGGAGCUCUUCGAGUCGUCGCACAUCGAGUCGGCCAUCAACGUCGCCCUGCCGGGCAUCAUGCUGCGGCGGCUGCAGAAGGGCAACCUGCCCCUGCGCGCCCUCUUCGCCAGCGGCGAGGAGGAGCGCGAGAAGUUCGCCCGCCGCUGCGGCACCGACACCGUCGUCCUCUACGACGAGAGCAGCAGCGACUGGAACGAGAACACGGCCGGAGACUCCGUCCUGGGGCUGCUCCUCAAGCGCCUGAAAGACGACGGCUGCAAGGCCUUCUUCCUGGAAGGUGGUUUCAGCAAGUUCCAGGCAGAGUUUGCCCUACAUUGUGAAACUAACCUAGACAGUUCAUGUAGCAGCAGCUCCCCACCUUUGCCAGUCCUGGGCUUAGGUGGUCUCCGAAUUAGCUCUGACUCUUCUUCAGACAUCGAAUCCGACAUUGACCGAGAUCCUAACAGUGCCACUGACUCUGAUGGCAGUCCCCUCUCCAACAACCAGCCUUCCUUCCCAGUGGAGAUUUUACCUUACCUCUAUCUGGGCUGUGCCAAGGAUUCAACGAACCUGGAUGUUUUAGAAGAGUUUGGCAUCAAAUAUAUCUUGAAUGUCACCCCCAACCUGCCGAAUCUCUUUGAAAAUGCUGGCGAGUUUAAAUACAAGCAGAUCCCCAUCUCUGACCACUGGAGCCAAAACUUGUCUCAGUUUUUUCCUGAGGCCAUCUCUUUUAUAGAUGAAGCUCGUGGGAAAAAUUGUGGGGUGCUAGUACACUGCUUGGCAGGGAUCAGCCGCUCAGUCACCGUGACGGUCGCAUACCUGAUGCAAAAGCUCAACUUGUCCAUGAAUGAUGCCUACGACAUUGUCAAGAUGAAGAAGUCCAACAUCUCCCCCAACUUCAACUUCAUGGGACAGCUGCUGGACUUUGAGCGGACUCUUGGGCUGAACAGCCCCUGCGACAACCGUGUGCCCAGCCAACAGUUGUAUUUCACCACUCCUUCCAACCAAAACGUCUUCCAAGUGGACUCCCUGCAGUCUACGUGAGCACCAGCCAAUUCCCAGCUCUUCCAAGCUUGGGUCAUGUGAUCAUUCCUCAAUGCUUCUCUUUGACAGCAGCAACGGAACACAGCUCUCUUUUUGUGGGCGCUGCGAUUGGGCAAUGGCUGCCUCUGUGCUUAACAUAAUCAAAAGGUUACAAAGUUUGAGAUCAGUUUUUGCAAAGGGAGGGCACUUGUGGAGUUCUUCAGGAAAAAGAAAAUAUUGCUGGUAGGGAGCAGCAUAUUUUGCUCAAUGCACAAACAUCCACCUAUGCAGUGACUUGGAACAGAGGACUUCCAAAUGCAAAUAGGAAGGGUGGGAAGGAUGGACACUAUGAGCACAUGUCCUCUAGUGAAACUAGGAGAAACUUAUUACUUGCAUUUGUACUAUGUAUUGUCUUCAGUGAAGACUGGCUGGUUGUGUUGUUUUUUUAUUAUUUUGAUUUAGAGAAGCCAAAGAGAGAGGUUUCAACGCAAUGUAUCUGGAAUACUUGUUUGCCAAGAGCUUUGUAAUGAUCGGCUUGAUCAAUGUACACGUUUAAUCUUGAAUCAGUGAGCAACAUUGCUAUAAUGGUAGUAGGUACAAGAGGUCAAUCUAAGAAAUGUCAUCUUUCUCCACUCUUCAAUAAUGCUUUCUUCUGAGUGAAAAAGAUACAUUUGCAGCAUGCUUAAUUUAACUCUUGAAAUGAGGCAAACAUUUCUUCCUUGGUUUAAAAAAUGAAUGUCUGUGCUUUUGAGGUUUGUUCACAUUUUGUGAAUGGAUAGUCUUUUUUUAAUAACUUUUCUUUUCUGUUUUUGAGUAUGCCAUCAAUGUAGGUUCUUUAUGACUUUUUUUGGGCCUUACCUUUUGUAAAUAGCUUAGCUUGCAUUUUUCUUUUGGAAGAGAGUUGUCUUCCAACAGAAGAAUUUUUUUUUUCCAAUUAAAGAAAAAUCAGAUGUGCUAAACAGUGCAUUACCUCUGUACAAACUCUUCAGGGAGCUUCACUUCAAAUGCAAUAUCUUGCAUUUAUUUUUGUAUAAAACUGGAAGUGUGUGUGAGCAUGUAUACCUGUGUAUUUGCAAGGAGAUCUUGCAACUGAUUGUCAAUAAGGGAGAGUCUAAUUUGCUAGUGUAAAGUUGGGAUUUUAUUCUAAGAAUGUAUGAUUAUAAAUUAUUAAUAAAUAACUAUUUUUGGCUAUUGAGAA